AGUUUUUUCUAUCGGUUAAAAUUGCAUCGAAAGCAUUUCACUAAAAAAGGCGUAAACACUUCGAAUGUUUAUUCGGAUUAAAAAGCGCGAAUUCACCGUUGCGCGUGGGAAAAACAUUUCAAUAUUGUUUUUAAUUACUUUUAAAUAUUCGUAAUAUGGUUCGUAAUUCUAUGCGAUCAUAUUACAAGAGAAACAGAAAAGGUUUGUCACUUCGCAAUUCCAGGACUGAAAUGUCUGAAGUAAAGCUUGGCUGUAAUAUUUGAAGUGAAAUUCGGUUGGACUCAGUCAGAGAAAUAGCUGGCGCAAAUGUUUUUCUUUUUUUUUCUUUCUUUUUUUUUUGUGCUUUCAUACAGUACUUUGCCCAGCACUGCUGAAAUUACGAAACUUUUUCCACUACCCUACCUCGCAGUCUGUGUUCCCCCGUGAGUAAUUAAUAGAUUGCCUACGAAUUCAUGCAGCGAGUAUUUUAAUCUGCAGAAGUAUUAAAAUAUUACGAGUUUAAUAUAAUGAAAUAAUAUAAUAUAAAUUUCUGGAGACCUGCGAUUAGCGAAAUUCUUUGUCAGUUGCGAAGGCGAACGAAACUCCUAUCUGAAUAACAAUUUUGGAUAUCGACCCUGGCAACUAUUGGAUUUUUGUUAUUUCAGAGUCAAAUGUCAAAAACAGUAUUUAUUAUAUUUUUCAUCGCACUCUUCUGCACUCAUAGAUCUAGAAAAAUGAUUGCUCCUAUAACAAAAGCGAAUCUACUGUUCAUUCCCCCUCUAAAUAUCCACAAAUUUCGACUACCAUUCAAAACAAACAUAUAGUAAAACAUAUAGUAAAAUAAUAUGUCACUAAUCGUCUCAUUUGCCAGCUCGAUGAGUCCCCGUUCUUCUAAGCCAACAUCGAAUCUCAACCUCAACGCUAUUCCGCUCCGUACGCGAACUUAUAUGCCUCGAUAUUAAAGAAUGCAUACAACAGAACCACGCACGAGAUGAUGGCGGCAAGGGUUCGCUUUGUGUCGAAUCGUAACAGGUACUUCAACGAGGAUUUUAAUCAACGCAAAGGGCACACUUCCAUUUCACGAUAACAAUCGCGAGUCGGCGACAGAGCCGACCUUGGAUAAAUAUUUUUAUUUCGUUACUCGGGUGAGAAUUUCGGCCAGCGGUGCCCGCCGCGAUCGCAGGGAUCCCCUUGUUUCCCUACCAUCGCUCGUAGAUCGCAUGCGGGUGCAUGUGCCGGUGGAUGUUGCACAUGCGCGGUGGUCCCGCGUCGCCAGACAGCCCGCUGCUACGGGUGCAUCUCGCGGCAGUUCGCAGUCGUCUUCUAAGCCAGGCUCAUUAGUCACUCAGCACUCAGUCGGAACACAUUUUCGUGAAUCGUACUCGUUGCUCGGCGAACUAUCCCACUGAUCCAUCCGACACCUGCCUCUCCUAUCUUCAUCCUUCCAUCAUCCUCCAUCGAAAGCACGCGUUAUCAGUCGCCGUAGGAGAGAAACGGCGCUCGUUGUUUGCCACCCGCCGUGUUCCACUAGCCAGUUUGCCCGCGAGGGGAUGCAACUGAACUCGAUGGGCUCCCCUGCACGUGCCAGCUGACUCUCGAGGAGCGUCGAACUCGAUACGACCACGCGCUCGCUCCCUUCUUUCCCCGAACGGAAAUCCCCGUGAUUCCACCCGCCCAGUCGUCGAGACGCUUCCCAGUCUCUCCGCGAGUUUUCCCCGUACCCCAGGAAUGACUUCCGUCCUGUUCGCGUGAGGAUUCGUCGACGACAGUCACCCGAGCGCCGAUGAUCGGGGGUGGGGGCCAAAGUGUCGAGGUUCCUCGAGAAGAUCCCUAAAGGCAGAGUUCGGUUUCAUUUGGUUCGGAUAGUUGGUGGAUCCAGGUGGAUCUAGGUGGAGCCAGACGAUCGCGGUGAAAAGCCAGGUCGUCGACACGACGGGAACUACGCGAGGAACCAACAUCCGCGUCCCAUGGUCGAAACCACUUCGGACCAACGCUUCACGAUCAAGUUCCCCAUGCUGCAGCCACCGUCUCCCCUCCUGGAGAUGGCAUCCCUGCGACUACCGGACUCCGAGGAGUUCGACGCCGACACGCGCCGCAGGAGUAACAAUGCCAACGUCCAGCCAACGACCGUCGCGGCCGUUCCACCGGCCACCCUCCUGCAGAUGAGGAACGACUUCGGAAACUACCUGAACAACCUCAUAGCGGAGGCCAUCACGACCAACCCGAGGACGACGCUGGACGAGCACGGUGGGCUGUUGAACGCUAGUAAAACGGUGAACCUCUCCACCGCCGAGCAGAUACCCGAUCGCCUUUACAGGCACAGUAUGGCUAUGUCCGCGGUCUAUUGUGUCGCUUACGUCCUGGUAUUCGUCGUCGGUCUGAUAGGUAACAGUUUCGUCAUCGCCGUGGUGUAUCGGUCCCCGCGCAUGAGGACUGUCACGAACUUCUUCAUCGUCAACCUCGCGGUGGCCGACGUCCUCGUUAUCGUGUUCUGUCUGCCUGCCACCUUGAUGAGCAACAUCUUUGUUCCAUGGAUCCUGGGGUGGUUCAUGUGCAAAGCAGUCACUUAUAUACAGGGCGUUUCUGUGGCGGCCUCUGUCUACAGUCUUGUUGCGGUUUCCUUGGACAGGUUCCUGGCGAUCUGGUGGCCGCUGAAGUGUCAGAUCACGAAGCGCCGCGCUAGGAUGAUGAUAGUCGUGAUCUGGGUCGUCGCCCUCACCAUUACGCUGCCGUGGCUGCUGUUCUUCGACCUGGUGGCCAUCUACGAGAGCGAGCCGGACCUCAGGCUCUGCCUGGAUAGGUGGCCUCACCCCGAAGAUGGCACCCUCUUCUUCCUCAUCGGCAACCUGACGUUCUGCUACGUUCUCCCCACGAUUCUGAUAUCCCUUUGCUACAUCCUGAUCUGGAUCAAGGUAUGGCGAAGGCACAUACCGACCGACACGAAGGACGCUCAGAUGGAGAGGAUACAGCAGAAGUCGAAGGUGAAAGUGGUCAAGAUGCUGGUGGUGGUGGUGAUCCUAUUCGUCCUAUCCUGGUUGCCGUUGUACGUAAUCUUCACAGUGAUCAAGCUCGGCGGCGAUGAAGAGGAGCGAGAGGAGGAGAUUCUGUCCAUCGCCACGCCGAUAGCUCAAUGGCUAGGCGCCAGCAACUCCUGCAUCAACCCCAUCCUGUACGCGUUCUUCAACAAGAAGUAUCGCCGUGGUUUCGUCGCGAUCAUGAAGAGCGGGCGCUGCUGCGGCAAGAUCAGGUAUUACGAGACGGUAGCCAUCAUGUCCUCCUCGACGAGCAUGAGGAAGUCCUCCUACUACGUCAACAACAACAACUCGUCGACGAGACGGGCCUGCCACGGACCCCCUGUUCACCAGGACAGCAACGUUUCCUACAUAUUCAAUCACACCGGCGUCUAAGCAACGAGUCCAGUCCUAAAGAUAUCUGAUGUUCGGUUAUUCCGAGGCUGGCUGCCCGGAACGGGUUUCAAGCGAGCCGGUCCGAGGUUCCAGGUCACGCUGAUCGCAACCGAUUGUCGCUCGGAUCGGAUAGUCGUCGAUAAGGGGGUCAAACGAGCACUGCUGCCAGCAGCUUUUCGCUAGCGCUACAUCGCGGCGAGGAUCGGUUUACGUAAUCGCGGUUGCUGGCGAGGAACAGUGUUCCUCGACUCCGUCGUUUUGUAUUUAUCGCGUGAAUUGUAUUUUGUUGAGCGAGAACCAACUCUGGCGGCUCGUGGGGCUCGUCGUUCUCGUGGAUCCCGCGACGUGUCCGAGGUCGAAGGCUUCGGGAUACGUCGCAGGAAACUUUCCACGAGCAUCUUUCUAGAUUUCUAAGGAAUCCACGAACAAAGGGACCUUAGCCGCUGGCUUGACAUUUGCGUGUGCGACAGCGGCGAGCGAGAGGAGGAAGUGGUGAGUUGGUCAGGCGACGAGGAAGAGAAUCGAAAAGAGAUCGAGCUUCUCGUCACUGGACAUAGGGCGACAGUUGCUGAGGAUUCUUGACCUUCUAGGAGGAAGCCAUCAACCAAAACGCUUGCCGAAGAAGACGGAAUAUUGGUUGAUGCAGGAGCUGGUGGCUCCCCCCUAGAGUAGCAAGAAUUAUUCGGACCUAGUAUAAUUAAUCUUGGGGAAGGGGGGGGGGGGCAUGUGGCACACCCGGUAGAUAACUGUUGCUCUUCCAGGAGGAAGCCAGGAAUUAAGGCACCUGAUGAAGAACGCUGAGUUUGCGCAGAAGCUGGUGGCUCCCUCCUAGAGUAGCAAGAGUCAUUCGGACCUAGUAUAAUUAAUCUUGGGGGGGCAUGUGGCACACCAGGUAGAUGCCUGUUGCUCUUCCAGGAGAAAGCCAGGAAUUAAGACACCUGGGUUUACGCAGAAGCUUGUGGCUCCCUCCUAGAGUGGCAAGAGUCAUUUCAACAAGGUGUCCCCAUCGAUCUCCGUCAGCGAAUUGUUGACACCUUGCGACUGGAAAAUAGAACGAUGUCGACUCGUAGGCCCUUAAUUAAACACCGCAGAACUUUAUCCGUGCAUAACACCCGUUACUUUGCACUUGCGCAGCGUGUACGAUCUAGAGGAGGACGCAUGGUGGGUGACAGAGCGAGUGCUGAACAUUACCUCCUCGUACGAGAUAAAAUACAGAUUACUAGGUAUUCUACUUGUACUUAUCGUAGCACGGUCGGCUCCAACAGUUAUAUACACAUAUAUUUUCUUAUUGGAACGUUAGACGAUUCUAGUCUUUUUGGGAUUACUUAAGGUGCCAUACGUUACAUAUGCCUAUAUAAAUUACUCUCGAGACUAUAGAUUAAGGCGGGCCCGCGCGUCAAGCGACCAGGAGUGCACAAGGACGGUCCUAUUGUUAACCGAUUCGAAUGAAACAAUUAACGAUUCACGCGCUUUUUCGUCUAUGCCGCGUUAUCAACGUUGCCCGUCCCCUCUCCCUGCCAGCCCAACCUUCGCCUGUCCCCGUCCCAGACCAUCUCUACACCCACCCAACCAGCCCUGUGUCUACGUGUCCCAGAGAAAGGCGGAAGUGACCGACUUACCGUUUUGUCUCGAAUUAUUCUCGAUCGAUUACACGUGCGACGAAUUAACGCGGUCACUGGCGACAAUAACGACCUUUUACGCUCCGAGAGGUUGAGCUCUUGUCACGGAGCUGGUUCAGAGACCAUGUUGCGUACCAGUCGCAAAUGGUCGACGAUCGCUGCUCCUGUAUGGUUUCAUCCAUUGUAAUAUCGUUGAAGGAAGAGUAAAGAGGCUCGAGUAUUCGCGACCGUUUGUCACGUGUACGUAUUUUUUUUCUCUUUUUUUUUUCUUUCUAGAAGUCGAUCUCACCGAUUGAAUCGUAGAGACAAUUAUAUCGCGCGUACUUUCGUGCCGGAUGCAACCCGCGGUUGGCUCGUCAGCAUGGGAAGACGGUGAUUACGAUGGUUUCGGUCGGACUGUGUCGAAGAUUCGAAGAUCGAUGGUACUGCCAGGAUUUCAAAUUCUAAUUAAGGCAGGGACUAUUCGUCCAUCAGAAACUUUGACUCUAUUAGUAAGUCGAAUCCACUAAUAAAUAAAAAAAUAAAAUGAAUGAUUUCUCCUUGGAGCUCGCCUCUCAUUAACCCUUUGCACACCGAAUUAUAUUUCAAUUUCGUUAUCAGCAGCUCCCAAUACUUUCAAGUGUUUCAUUUGAAAUUCAAUUUAACUAAAAAUUAAGGCAAUUUAAAUGAAUAAAGAAAGAAACAAAUUGAUUUACAUACCAGUUUUAUUCUCACUUUUGGUGUAUUUUGUAAUUUUCAAGUGUAUAAUAGCUCUUGAAACAAUUUCCUUUACUAUUGAUUCUGAGACGACAGAAUGUCGCGUGGGGACUCGACAUAGGAGUGCAAAGUGUUAAUAAGAGUAUCAAAUUAACUUUUCCCACGAGGCAGACACGAAUUAAACGAUUCGAAUAGUCCCAGCGUUAUCAUCGUUCAGACAUUCGCCAGUGCUGCCGACACGUCGAUCUUUCCUUGACGGUUUCUCCUGAGAUUUACGCAUCACGCUGACGGGCCCUAAUCGGGGUUUCAGUCGACUUUUCGCGAAUUUUCCGCAACCACCUCAGAUGUCAGAGGACAAACAUCCGUCGGUUCGCGACGGAUCGUUUUCGCGUGAAUCGCGUGCCAGGAUUGAAAAAGAAAUUCGUGUAUCGUUCGCCCUGCGUAGACUUCCAACGAUCCAACGAACGAGCCCAGCGGUAUUCCGCAUAAUUCACGGGGGAACCGGCGCACUCGCGGUUGCAACCAACCGUCGAGCUUUACUCCCGGGCACUUUGUAAAAACGAGUUUAAAAAAAAAAGUAUAUACGAAAAACAAUGAAACCAAAAACUUGUAAAGAUGGCAACGUCGUGUAAGAGCUGUGGGAUUUUAUGAUAGAGCAACUAUUUUCGUAAGGUUUUUAUACGUGGCGAGACAGGAUCUAGAUGUAACCGAAAACGUGCGAAGUAUAAUGUAUAGACGGUCGUGAGAUACCUUAAUUCAUAUCUAUUGUGGCUCAAAGGAUGCCGGCGAUGUCGCGUGACGCAACAUAAAUAGGAUUAAGAACGAUUAUACUGCUUAGGGUAACAAAGAAACAAGUACAUACACAAACAAAAAUAUGGAGAUAAAGAGAAGACAAUUGUAUAACGGAGGGCCCACGUUUGAGGAAACAUUAUAAAAUCUCGAGGAGCGACUGUAUACGCACUAAACGUGACUAAGUAUUUAAGUUUGAAACGACGUACCGCAUAAGAAUUGUAAUGUUUAUAUAGUAUUAUAUUACACGUGGAACUAAACGUCUAUCUGCUGUCUCUAUGUAAAUAUGUAUCUUACCGUACGUAAGUGUAUAUUAUAUACAUAUA